ACACGCUGAUUAACACUCUUUUCCACCUGGCCACAGUUCCGGCGUCUUGGUGGAGAAAGUCACCCAAAAUCUUUGUUCGACCUCCACACGCAGCCAGCCACAAAUGAAACGAAAACGAAGACAUUUACAGAUGUGAUGUUCGUAACUGUUGAAGUCAGGGUUCCCUCUAGAUAUGACGGAGAUGGUUGACGGCUACAACAGGAGGGCCGCUGGGCCGGAGCAAACGCUCAUGGCGUCGGAACCCUCUUGUCAGACCCAGAUAAGAGGUGGUGAGGUGGGCCAUCACGUUGGGGUGCAGGUGACCCUCUUUGAUCCGUAUAAAGAAUUCUUCUGCAGCAAUCACUCCUCCAUCCGUCUGCUCAGUGCCCUCGCGACCUCCUCUGGGGAGUGGAGCGAUGUGGUGAAAAAAGGUUACCUGGGCAAGCUCGAGCGGAGUCACAGGCGAUAUUUUGUCCUCAGAGCAGGAAGUCACACCGGGCCGAGUCGACUUGAGUGGUACAAGUCUGAGGAAAAGUUUGCAGCAAUGGAGAAGUCAUCUGGAAAAGCUAAGCUGUUUGGACCAAGCAAGCAAGGGGUGAUUUUCCUAAGAUGCUGCAUCGGCGUGGGGUGCCUGGGUAGUUCCAGGAAAGGCCUCACAGUGGCACUCUAUGCUCAGGACCAGACAAUGGUUCUGGUGGCGGAGGACCAGAGGGAUCAAGAAGCCUGGUACCUGUCCAUCAAGAAAAUGAUGGAGGAGCGCAAUGAUGAAGAUCAAGCGUGUGAUGAUGAUGACGACGGGUAUUGCACGCUACCACCCGCGGGCUUCUUCAAAGAGGUUUGGCCUGUGUCAGUGAAGCCUGGUCUCGGCUUGGGCCGCUCAAAGACUCUGGGAGGUGAGCUUCGCCUCUGCCUCACCGCGACCUCGCUCAUUCUGAUCCCAGUCGGCGCGUGCCCCGAUUUGCCGUCUGUUACGAUUCCUCUGCCGGGCAUCCGUCGUUUUGGUCACUUGGACGGCUCCUUUUUUCUGGAGCUCGGCCGGUCGGCGCCAAUCGGGCCCGGGGAGAUCUGGUUUGAAGCAAGAGACCAAGCACAGCACAUUCACGAAGUGGUUCGAGACACAGUGUGCGCGAUGCGGGCGUUCCCGGAUUUCUCCCGGUCCCCGACCUCCAACCACAAUCAGCUCCUGGCUCCCAAACGCUGCAGACCCAAAUACAGACAGAAGAAAACCCCUGAUGUUCAGACCAGCCCGACGUCGUACCAGCAAGCCAAUGCAACAGAACCUCAGUCUCCGAUCAGCCUCCGUAGCAUCGCCUUGCCUGAGCAAGACCGGUCAGCCGCAAUUCUCGUGCGCUGCCUCAAGAUGCUUAUGUUGCUAUGUCAAGUCCACAAAAACAAGACUGGCCGGCUUCCGUUUCUCCUGAGAGAGGUGUCAACAGUUCUGACAGAUGUUCAAAGUACAACGGACAACUGCUCCUGCCAUUCGGGUCCCCUUGUUCUCCCAAAGAACGUGAAGAUCCUUCCGGACUGAUGACUUCCUUUCCCCAGUGUAAUCGCCUCCAAGCAGAAGAACGGCUCAAAGUUAGAUCUAGACUCCCCUCGUGUCUCCCAUCAUGUCUGCAAGCUUUCGACUGAUGGACAACACUGAUUUUGUAAGCUUUUGUCAGUGCAAAUCGACCCAGCACAUUUAAAUGCUGGUUGUCUGUAAAGUGAUGUCAGACCCUAAAUGUGAACACGGUCACGUUUCACGUAUUGAUUGCAAAGUAGUUUCUCAGCACCAGGAUCUGUCUUUCACUGAAAGAUGUUUCACGAUUCAUAUUCCACUGUUGUGUAAUUAAAAAAGUCACUUGAAUGCAA